CGCCGGGCGCCACGCGCGCGCGCCCGCGCCGCGAUAGAGCUCCGCCAUGGACGUGGUGACGCCUCACAUUACCUCCGUGCUGAGGACCUACCAGGCCAGCGCGCCCCGCAGCCUGCAGGGCCCGGGCCAGCGCCCGCCGCGCGCCGCCGCCGCGCCGCCGCCCCCGCCCCCGCGGCCCGCGCCGCCCAUCCUGCUCGCCGCCGACCCGGUGCUGGGCGAGCGCGGCGAGACCGCCCUCGAGGGCGAGCCCAUCUCGUGCUUCAGCGUGGGCGGCGAGCGGCGCCUGUGCCUGCCGCAGAUCCUCACCUCGGUGCUGACGGACUUCAGUCUAGAGCAGAUCAACCGCGUGUGCGACGAACUCCAGAUCUACUGCUCGCGAUGCACACCGGAGCAGCUGCACGAGCUCAAGUCGACGGGCGUGCUGCCGCGCUCGGCGCCGUCGUGCGGGCUCAUCACGCAGACGGACGCGGAGCGGCUGUGCGCCGCGCUGCUGCACGCGCCGGCCGGGGCGCCGCGCAAGCUGCCCGGGUUCCGCGUGUACCACGAGUGUUUCGGGGGCGCGCGAGGCGUGUGCGCGCCCGAGUUGGGGCUGGUGCAGUGCUCGGAGUGCCGCGGGGUGUUUCGGCCGCGGCGGUUCGUGUGCCACUCGCACGGCACGGAGCACCGCACGUGCCACUGGGGAUUCGACUCGUCGCGCUGGCGGCGGUUCCUGCUGGUGGGCGAGGAGGAGCGGGAGCGCGAGCGCUGCGCUGCGCUGUUGGACGACGUGGCCGCGCGCGACGCCGCUCCGCCGCCGCCGCCCCCGCAACAAAACCACCACGCUACACUUAAAAGAAAACAGGCGGUGGAGACGGUGGUAUGCAAGCCGGAGCCACCGGAGUCCCCUCCUAAGAAGUCCCGGGGUGACGACUACGGGUAUCCCCUGUACCUGGACCCGUACGUGCACCUGCGGUACCGAGCCUUCCGGCCCUGGGGCAAGGAGCCGGCGCUGCAGCACCCCGAGCGUGUGGUCCGCGUGGCCGACUGCACCCGCCUCGAGCCCGACUUCCAGCCCAACGUGGCGCUCAAGCCCCGCACCCCCCCGGCCGAUGACGUCACCUCCUCCACCUCCCCCCCGCCCGACUCCGAGCUCGCCGCGCGCCUGCUCGACGCCGAGGCGCGCCUCAGCGAGCGCGAGCGGCGCCUCGACGAGCGGGAAGCAGAGCUCGCCCGCCGCGAGGCACGACUCGAGGAGCGGGAGAGGGAGAUAGAACGACGCGAGCGAGCGGGCGAGAGCGAGACGGAAGUCAAGCCGGACCCCAGCGAGCCGUGUUGACCGACGGGGGUCAUCGUGAGGCUCCGCUUCUAGUGUUGUGUUGUGACGAACGCUCGUGCGUCGAGUACAAAGUGACCCCGAAGUUAGUGAUGUGUACGUAGCGCCGAGUCCGACUCGGCGUCCCAGGACUAGUGCCGAGCUGCCGACCUAACCAAGGCAUUUAGAAUAAUUUUAAAUCGUAAACAGUAUUUAAUUAAUUUAAUUCGAGUUUCUGAGCCUAAUUUUGAAUACUAUAUUUAUUAACUAUACUUACUUUUAACUCGAGUUUUUAAACCACUCGUUGCAAGCGAUGUAAUUUUUUUAUAAAUCUUCACUAUGAAGCUUCGAAGUUCGAAGUAGACGUAGACUUUUCUCAGAGAAUAGGUCGCUCUUGAAGUAAUAUUCCGAAUGUCUGUUAUAUUGUGCCGCUGUAUUUUUUAUUUGUUUACACGUUUUUCCAGCGUUACAGUAGCUGGCAUGUCGAAACUGUCAAGCACACUCGUUAGCAGUGUACGUAGCAAUUACUAUCACGUGAGAUGGUAACAUUAUCUUUUUAUUCAAUGCCUUGAUUGGAACGACAGUUUCCCGAGUACGACAUAAUAUUCAAAUUGUUUUUUAAAUGUGGAAAUCGAUGUACAUAUACGUAUCUAAAAAGUACAGUUUUAAUGAUUUUUCUAUUUAAUAUACAGUUUUUCAUGUAGUCUUUUUUGAAUGUGUGCCAUUCUGAAGGUACUCCCGUUACCUUUCCAUGUAACCUCAUCUAUGCUUUUUCAAUAAUACUCACGUAAUAUAAUAUAAUAGAUUUAAAAUACAACAAUAAGCAUAAUUUAUACAGGGUUAUUUUUAAGGUUUAUCUUUAUCUACCACAGUAUUCGUCUGUCUUUGUUACCAAUACAAUAAACCGAUGUUAAGUUUUUUAUCUGUACAAUUAUACAAAAUAAAAUCGGCACUGGCUAGCCAGUUUCAUUGAUUGAACUUGGCUUGACACGCUGCCGCGCGUCUAGAUCGCUCCUCGGUGAUCCUGUUUAAACAUAACUCUGUAUAAACUCGAGAAGCAAUUUUCUGGAAUGGUUGUAAAAAAAAUCUGUGUACCUAAAUAUAAAUCCUUGUUAACUUCCAGUAAUCUUCUACAAUAUUUUGUAUUGUUAGUACCGAUUAUCUCUGUUAUGUUUCAACACACCAGUUGGAUUUUCUGAGUGUAUAAAGUUUGUAAUUCAGCGGCCUAAAUUCAAUUGAAUUGACACAUAAUGAAAUCAAAGUUUACAAAAUAUAAAGGGCUAACAUCCCGUGUUCUACCUCAUUGUAAAUAAAUUUAUAUUUGGCUAAAUUAAUAAGAAAUGUAAGUUUUUUUAAGACUACUUAUUAAUUUCGAGCAUGUACUUUGGAGCAAUAAUUUGAUUAUUAUAACGGUGUGAAUUAUCACUGCCUGUCUAUAAUAGAACUUUUCUGUCUGUUAGACUAUACAAUUACUUACAUUUUUAAUAAUAUUUUAAGAGUAAUCGGUUGUAUAUACGUACCGUCUGGCAUAAUGACAGUAGUACCUAUGUCUCGUUCUUAUCAUCACAAUUUAAAAAUAUCUUACGUCAUUUGUAAUGAACUAGUGAUGUACCUUUAGCAUUUUUUAUAAAGUCGAUAUUUUUCAUAGUUAUUGCCAGUGUGCAUUUUUGGCGACUGAACUAUCUUCUUCGUAACUAAAGUUAUGAUUACGCAAUUUGUGAUUUAGCUGAUUAGAUGCUUUAUUUUAAACGUCUUUGUGAUGUAACGGUUUUUUUAAUAAUUUAAUCCCCGGUUCGUGAAACUUAAUAUAUCGAUUCUCGAUAUUUUCGUGUUAUACAUAUAAGUGGAGUAGUGAAGGGGAAUUCUUGUAAAGAAUGUAGUUAGUUAACAAAAUUAGUUGAGAUUUAUCGAAUAGAAUAUUCGAUUUUUUCUGGCAACCGAGAGCCAGUUCUACCCGCGCUGAGGAAACGAUAUUAUGAAAACGUGAAAUUAGAUUUCACACACUGAAGUGACUUGUAACAUUUGGCAAAGCUCAAACAUGUUUAGAUUCUUAAUGUUUUUUCUUUUAAUAUUUUAUUCCUUUGAGAGUGCUAUGUUAUGUUGUAGCUAGUUUUAUGAAGUAUUUCAGUUAGGUAAGGUCGUAUCUCUAGUCAGAGACUUUUGAGAAAAAAUUACCAUUUUAAUAUAUUCAAAUAGGUACUGCAGGCAAGUGAAAUAACUUAUUUUAAACAAUAGAAAUAAUCGUAAUCGAGCUGUAUGUCAGUAUGUGGUAUGUAUAAUAAGUUGUAUAAUAUUAUAAUGAAACUUUUCUGUCAGUACCACUGUUGGUUAUAUUGUAUUUUGGUGCUAUAAUACUUUUGGCUUGGCUAACGUAGACUUUAAUUAUUGUAAAUAAAAUAAUUUAAUAUUUAUUGGCAACAGUUCAGUCUGAUCCUUUUGUGAAACUAUUUUUGUUAUUUUUAAUGAUUAUUGGGCUAAGCCGUCUCUCACUUUACGAUUGUUAUCCUCCUUUUUACUUGUGGUUUGUUUUAGUUUUUUGAUAAAAAAACUUAUUUACCUACUGUUGGUUUCACUGAAGUUGGUAUCUAUCGGAGUAGUAAUUAAAUUAUAAAUAUUUUAUGGGAUUGGUGAUUUAAAAUAUGUUACGUUCAUUCAAUACAUUAUUACGUUUUGUGUACAGUUCUAUGCUAGGCCUCUAGGUCUCUCAUAAGCGUGGCUUGAAUUCUUAAGUUACUUAUAUAUUACAUUUAAUCGAUGGAAAAGUUUCAAAGUCUCUCACUGUCUGCUAAUCAAAAUUGUAAAAGUUUAAAACGGUGCUAAUUUUUAACCCGGAGUAUGAUUUUAAAGUGCUUUUAUAAAAAAGGUUUAACCUGCUAACAAAAUUGUAUUUGGUAUUUGUUUUCCUAGUUAUAAAAUAUUCGAAAAAAGAGACAGUGAGAGUAAAAAUGUAAAUAUUAUCUAUUUUAUAAUAUGGUAUGAAUAUGAGCGAUUGUAAGGCUGUUUUUAAACCCUAAAGCACGAGUAAGUGCAGAAAAUACUUGUCUAUUACUAUCACCA